AUGGCACCGAAACUUCCAACCACGGAGCUUUUGAGUCUCGAUUCUGCAGGCUUACAGAGAAAACUCGAUGCAGGUCUGCUGACCAGUGUCGAACUGGUCCAGGCAUGUCUUGAACAAAUCGACAAACAUGAUCGACGGGGCGCAAAGCUGAAUGCGAUGGUUUCUCUUGUCCCCAAGCACAUUCUGAUGGAGCGUUCGGUGCAGCUUGACCGCGAGCGAACAGCAGGUCGUGUCAGGAGUCAGUUUCACGGUAUACCCAUACUAAUCAAGGAUGCCAUUGUGACACCGUCCUCCCUUGAGCUUGCAACAACAUUGGGCAGUCUUGCCUUCAAGGAUUCGAUGCCCCCGAAAAUUGCUAGCAUUGUUGCCAGGUUGGAGGAAAUGGCUGCCAUCGUACUAGGCAAGACAGAUCUGAAUGAGUUCUGCGAUUUUAAGGGCGAUGGGAAUUCGAAUGGAUGGUCGGCGAUUGGAGGACAAACGCAGUCUGCUUAUCUAGCUCACAAGGCAAACGAGACACGCCUCGGACAGACAGAUCCAUGUGGCUCCUCUACAGGCUCCGCAGUAGGCGUCUCGGCAGGCUAUGCUCCGUUGUCUCUAGGUACUGAGUCGAUUGGCUCUAUAGUCAUGCCAGGUGCAAGAGCCGGGUUGUAUGCCUUGAAUCCCACACUUGGCACUGUGAGCAUGGAUGGUGUUUUCAAAAGUUCCGUAGAGCUGGACGUUGUAGGCGGCCUUGCUAGAUCAACCACGGAUCUAGCGCUCCUGAGUCGGAUUUGUCUAACUGAAGAGAAUCGGGAUCUUUUGCCAACAGAAGGGUAUCUGAAGUUCCUGACCAAAAAAUUUGAUUCGCUCCGGAUAGGCUUUCUCAAUCCUACGAAAUGGUCUCUUCACCCGAACAUUGUAAAGCUUGACGACGUCAUACUCAAGCAGAUGAACGACAUAUACUUUGCGGCUAUCGAGCGCAUCAGGAAACAUACCACGCAAGGAUCUGUGGUCUACCCAGUGGAUAUACCACCUGCCACCGAUCUGUGGUAUGAGGGCGAGAAUCCGAUCGACAUCAUUAUGUCGUACGAAGGCAAACAGGCAGUUGAAAGCUGGCUAGAUGAGGUCAAAGUACCAUGUUUGGAAACAAUUGAAGAUAUCAUCAAAUUCAACUUCGACCAUCAUGAAAUGGAAUUGCCCGAGAGCCACUCGGAUCAAAACCAGUUGCUGAAAGCUUCGUGGGAUCCUCCAUCAAAGGAGGUAUAUGAGACGGUCAAGGAGCGGAUGAAGUUGAUUUCCAAAGACAAUGGCAUAGAUAAAUUGUUCCGCGAGCGGAACUUGAAUAUGCUUGCCUUCCCUUUGGACAGCCUUAUGGUGUUCAUCUCGGCUGCGUCCGGCUACCCCAUCGCGACAAUGCCUCUUGGGGUGAUCCCAGAAGAUGGAAGACCGUACGGACUCGGUAUAAUGGCUCAGGCCGGCAGAGAGGAUCUCAUGUUCCAGUUCAUGAGUGCCUUUGAAGAUCAUUUCCCGCCACGUGUUUUGCCAUCUCGUGUGCACAAUGGUAGACCUAAUUUGGAAAUUUAG